GACAGUGAUAUAAUCAGGUGUCGAUAAUUUCGUGACGUGUGCUUAUUUAAUUCCUGUACUGCCCUGGAUCACAAAAUUUAAGUAGUCUUUACUGAAUAUUAUUAAAAGAAAUUAUUAACUAUGGUCGUUUUGGAAGGAGAAAGUGGAGAUGCGCAAACUAUAACUGCGAACGAUGAAACUAAACAGGAUGCUAAAAUUCCGAAUUCCUUAUCAUUAGAAAUAUUUCGUAUAAUAAAGGAUGCCCAACAACAGCAUGGACUUCGUCACGGUGAUUACCAACGGUAUCGGGGUUACUGUUCACGUCGUAUUAGGCGUUUACGUAAAGUGCUCAAAAUACCUCAGGGUGACAGACGUCAUUAUCGCCGCCGUGAUGUGACCGCGACACACUUGACCGCUACGAAUGCUGAAAAUCGUUUACUCUGUGUGCCGUUAUUGCAAGCCGAACGAGCCUGGGCGCAUGCCAUGCAAUUGCGCCAAGAAGCCAACACUGAGCCGAGAAAGAAGUUCCAUCUUGUCUCGCGAUUGAAAAAGGCGUGCGCCCACGCCCAUAUGCUCUUACAACUUUGCGAGCAAAGCGGGUCGUGCGACGCGCGCACGCAGCUGGAGGCGGGCGCGUACGCGGCGUGGCUGAGCGGCGCGCUGCUGCUGGAGCUGCAGCAGUGGCGCCCCGCCGCCGAGAGCCUGCAGCGCGCGCAACUCGUGCUGGAGAAGCUCUCCGCCGCACUGCCCGAGGACGAGAGGCUCGUGUACAAGCAGAAAGUUGAUGAAUUGAAGCCAAGUCUCCGUUAUUGUGCGUACAACAUCGGCGACGAGUCCGCUGCUGGAGACCUCGUCGCUAUGCGUGGACAAGGGCUCAUUGAAAAUUUGGAUACACUCAUGGCUCAAGCUAAGGAGUCGCGCUCUGGAAUCAUGCACGAAGUGGAAUGGCGCGGCCGUCGCGUUACUGUUCGUCCGGAGAAAGUGCGACUCUUUCUUAUCGCAUUACAGGAUUUGGAAAAAUCCGUCGCGAGUGCACAAAAUACUCAAGCGAAGAUAGAUAUCCUCGAGAACAUACUCAUGGAUUGCAAAGACGCUAUAUCGGCUAUCAAGGACGAAAUAAAAAACGAUCCUAAACUAAAAUCGCCAUCGGAGUCGAAUCAAAUGUCGAGCAUUAAUUACUUGCUCUCGUAUUUGAUGUACUUACGUCUCGUUCGCACCAUUGAACGGAAUAAUUUGCUCGUUCAACAAGCUGAAGAAGCGCGUAAAAGCAACACUCCGAUCGAUGGGAAAAAGGUUCGCCCUCAGGACUUGACUAGGCUAUAUGAAAUUAUACUGCAAAAUUAUACCGAAUUACAGCAGCUUCCAGGCUUCGAGAACGAUACUGGCUAUCAAAAGGAAAUUGAGACAGAGUUAAAGGCUUAUAGAGCUUUCCGCUGCUAUUACAUCGCCCAGGUUCUGACAGGACUCAGACGUUUCAGGGAGGCACUUGCCAUGUUGGAACGCUGUGGGACGUAUACCAGCGAGUCGCUGGCUAGCAAACUACAAGACAAGUGGCUGGUGGAGAAAUUGAAAGCUUUGCAGAAGGAUAUCGAAAGCUGCAAAUUUGAAGUGCACGCUGACUCCGUGCUAGAAGACGACGAUGACGAUGAAGAAACAAAAUAUACGAGCGGGAAGUCGUACAAAGAUAAAAAGCCACUCGUUGACCGGCUGGACGACUACCGUGAAGAGACACAAAUGCUCACAAAGAAUCCUAAUAUAUUUAAAAUGCCUCCUCCGAUGGAAGCGGUUCCUUGCAAACCCCUGUUCUUCGACUUGGCGUGCAAUUUUAUCGAGUUUCCUAACCUAGACGACAAAACCGGUGCGGCAAAUAGCAAGAAACAAGGUGCUGGCAUUACGGGACUUGUUAAGGGAUUCCUGGGAUGGGGUAAAAGCGACAAAUAGUUAAAUGUAUUCAUGCAUAUAUUUAGAAUACAUUAUUAUUUACAAAA